CGGCGCGCGAGGGCACACCUGGUCAGACCGAGGAAAGGAGAGCACCUCAAAUACACAAACACCUUCACACAGCAGCACCCGGGUUAAUCACUUGAGGAAUGCGGUGCCAUUAGGACGGAGAGCUGAAAGUUCAUAUCAACUUCAACUUGAGUUAAUUUUCAACAACUUGACACACAAGGAGGAACUUUAUCCAAAACAAAACAAACAAAAAAAAAAAAAACAAAAAAAAAGGGAAUCAUGGCCACAGGCGGAUUUAAGUCAAACGCCACGACGGACUUUUUGGAGGAAUGGAAAGCCAAACGAGAGAAAAUGAGAGCCAAAAUGCUCGGGGACAUUGCUGCAGCUACCGGUGCUACUGGCAACGCAAACAGCAGCCGCACCGAGCUCAACAACAAUGGCAACCCGGACCGGAGUGCCUCCACUGGGAACUGCCUCCCCUCCUCCUACGCGGUGGUUCGGUCCGCCUCCGGCACUGCUCUGAAGAGACCCGAGGAGGAAACGCACCAUCCUGUUGCACCCACAGCCGCUGUCACCCCGGGGGGCAACCUGAAGAAGGCCCCGCCUCAGAUGGAAAAGGCUCAGUGCACGACGCCGGACUCCAGCAGUCCCAUGGCUUGCAAUGACAGUGACAAGGAGAGUCCAUCACCCAGUAAGGGGAAAGAGAAGAAGAGCGCUGGUCCUAGUGCCAGAAAGGGGAAAGGACAGAUUGAGAAGAGGAAGUUGAGGGAAAAGAGGAGGUCGACAGGUGUUGUCAGCAUGCCAUCUAAUGAGAGCCUGGAUGAGCUGGAUGAUGACGACGCAGGGGAGAAAAACAGGAGGGAGGAAGAGGAGCUGGUCCAGGCCAACACUGUCCAGAACGAGGCCAUGAUAUCUGACCCCGCCACUGGCCACUUAAUGGAAACCCCAAGAUCUGGGAGCGGCCGCCACAAGAGCUCUACAGGAUCUGAGGAGGAGAUGGGUGGGAACAGCAGACAACGACACAACCGUCACGGCAGAGACGGAGGAGCACCAGGAAGUCUGGAGAAAAGGAUGGACGAGCUGGAAAAGGAGCUGGCCAGAGAGCGUCAGGAGAACGCCAGGUUGAUGAAGGCUCACCAGGAUAAAGACGACCUAAUCGGGAAGCUGAAGGAGGAAAUUGACUUGUUGAACAGAGACCUGGAUGACAUUGAAGAUGAGAAUGAGCAACUCAAACAGGAGAACAAGACUCUGCUGAAAGUGGUGGGUCAGCUGACGAGGUAGAACCGCUCUGCAUGGCUCGGAUCCAGCAACCCAGCCCCCCCCCCCCCCCCCCCCCCCAUCCCCCUGAAGAAUGGAGCAUCUCUAUUGCCUCCCAACCUCUUGCCCUGGGACAAGUUCAUCAGCGUGGCCCUUUCUCUGUUUGAUUCUGUCUCUUUGUCUGUUAGAGGUGAAACUGUAAGGUAGUCAUCCUCAGAGCCUCACAGCCUUAAAUGCAUCCCCUGAGGAGGAUUUAUAUCAUUUAUUGUGAUACCUGAGUGAGCUAGAGGCUAACUUCUCCUGUCCUGACAUCGGGAUUGUCUGUCAUCGUAUACAUAUUUAAUGUAAAUGUACUGUAUAUAGGCCAUUUAGAUUGUUAAUUUUUUUUUGAUAAGAUCUUAAAAAGUAAAAUGAAUGUAUGUGCUGCACAAACAAGAGCACACAAAGUAGAGGCAAAAAAACAAAAUGUCUCAAUUUAUAUUCUUCCUCAUCUGUGCGCACAGCCAUCACCCAGGUGAAUACAAAAACAUCUCCGGUGUUGCAGUGUUUGAAUUGUGUCUGAGGCCGGUGUGCUUUCAUCAGUGAACUUGUAACAGUGGAGCUACUGUAUAAGAGCACUUGGACCAAAUUCAACAUAAUUACUGCUACAGUACCAUCAGCCAAAGUGGGCAUAGUGCCUCGCAAUGCAUGUGAGAUUUUUUUUGUCGAUUCUUUGAAAAACUAAAAAGCCUGGUGCUUUAUUAAUGAACAGUAGUGCCAGAUUUACUUUCUUCCAGUAAUUUCUUGGUACAUUUGAAUCCCACUAGGGCGUCUAAAAGCCUGAAUUUUAUUAAAGUAUGUUUAAUAUUUCCAAUAUAGAUGCUGCAAGAUGACACAAGCAAGCAAGCCUCACAUAAAUUGCUUUACGCAUUUCAACAUCUUGAGUAUUCUACUUGUCCGUGAUUAAUUGUGUUAGGGUGAAACCCUUAUCUAGUAUGUGGAGUCUUUUUUUAAGCAUUUUUCUUUCUGUAAUUGGUUUACAAGUUAUGUCUGCAAUGUUUGGUAGUUGUUAAGCUGCUCUGAUUACAGCAUCUAAGAUGUGUGGCGUGAGCUACAGUGCAUUUUUUUGUAUGAUAACCAAAUGAACUGAAGGACAAUACUAUUUGAAAUGCAUCUCUUUCGUUUUCUCAAGGGAACAGGCUCGGCUGGUAGAGGCAUUUUUCUUUAACUUUCUAUAUUUAGAUUGUUAUAUUUUACUUGAGGAGCUUUUCAGAAAGCUCCUGCACUGUAGCAAAUAAUCUGUAGGUUUUAGACAGUCAAUAGACCACUCUACUUCUGCACACACACACACACACACACAGAUACAUACAUAUAUAUAUUUGGGGUAAAGAUCGUCCCCUCGCAGAAAGACAUCACCGACCCAUCUCUUUUUCCAUUACAUUAUGCAUGUACAGAAGAUUAAGUCAUUUAAUAAAAGUUUGAUUAUCUCUCUCCUCA